CUGGAGCUUAGAUAUUUAUCUUUAAACAUCUUCUAAUGGGUGUCUACCAAGUUUGUUCAAAUAAAAGCCUCUGGUUUAAAAUUGGCCUUGGCCCAGGGGCCUAUAUACAGGUGAGCGAUUUCAGGGCCAUCAUGGCCCUCUUGUUUCCUGAUAUUGUUAUAUCUGAGAAGCAGCAGCAAAUUAAAAAAAACAUAAACAGGAGCCGGGACCCUAGCAAUUGCAUUGCUUUACGCGACUUAUCUUUAAAAGCGAUAUUAGUGGAGUUUACUAUAUUUCUAACAUAUUUUGUGUAAAAGAAUAAUAGCUCUUACCUGUUUAAAUUUUCACGAGAUACAAAUUACCUCCCUUACAGUAAAUUUUGUUAAAAGCAUACAAGUGAUGACCUUUAAACUAUUAUUUUGUUACUUUUUUUCUAAGUUACACAAUCAUGACAGUACAUUGACAGAAUAAGCUAUUGAGAUGUGACACUGUGGCCAUAAAGUACACAAGAAAAUAUAUGCAAAAUGUAUGCAAAAAAGGCCUAGUAUUUGGAAACUUCUUCAAUUUUUAUUUUCAAUACAUGUUUGAUGUUAAAGCUGCAUGCCUCUAGAUGAGCCAAAACAAUUUAAGAAAAUCAACCUAAAAAAAAAUGUACUAGGAUUUUAAGAAAAGUAUAAAUAUUUAUAAUUUAAGUAAUACUUCAUAUGUUACAUAUCACUAUUGACUGAUAUUGCAUUAUUUCUCACCAUAUUUGUACUACAUGACUAUUGCAGGAAGGGCUUCAUUUUGGCAUUUAUUUGGUAGUUUUCCUGAAUUGAAAGUUAUAUUUGCAAUGUGUAAAUACUUCCUUUGUUCACUUCAAAAUAGUUUACUUUUUAAUACAUUUUCAAAAUUUUCAUAAAAGUCGUAUUAAUCUGAAGGCAAUUUGCUUUAAGAAUAAUAUUGUGUUUUCCUUUCAUAGCUGCAAAUGUUAUAAGCUUGUCUGUUUCAAAGAAAAAGUGGAGCUAUUAUGAUUGCAAAAUCUUAAAUGUAGCCCUUUUUUCAACCAAUUUUAAAGGUAUCAACACAAAAAUAAGAUUAUUUAAUAAUUACGAUAUUUAUAGAUGUACAGUAAACUCCACUUAAAACGAUAUUCAGAGGACUGCAGAAUUUAUGUCUUUAUAUCCAGGUACAUUGUUAUAUCUGAGAGGCAACCAAUUUGAAAACAAGAGUCUUGACGGCAGCAUCGUUAUAAGCUGUAUAAUGUUUACUCUAGUUGUAAGACAAGGGGAAUAAUUCUGAAUGCAAUAUUAAGGGGUUACCUAGAAAUUUACAUGAUUUAGUGGAGGUGUGCCAAUCAGUAAAUGAUGUUGUAAGAUAAUCCUAAUUAUGACCUUGAGCUGCAGUGUAUUACAAUUGCUACAUAAUAUCUAUUUUUUUAUAAAAUUCCUAAUUUUGAACUUUAGUAAUAUUUUUAAGUCAAUAAUGUAGUAUAUCACCAUAUUUAUUGCUGUAACAUGAUUUUGGGUCAUGAUCAGAUUGCGAGCUGACCAUGAAUUAAAAUAAACAUGUAUGACAUUAACCAUAUCGUACAAUACCUUUUAUUGACCACUUCUCUGAUAAUAGAUAGACAAAUAAUGAUAAUAAUGACCCGUUUAUCAGAAAAUUAUCUCUAUGGUGUUCAACAUUGCUUGCUUUCAUGUUUAUAACAAACCGUAGAGUUGUCUUUACAAAUGUCCAUGACUGAUACUGUUUACUUUUAUCAGACUUCAGCGGAUCAAAAUUAUCUAGCAAUAUUUGUGUCCAGUUUGUAUGGCUGACCAUUUAAAGUUUAACUUGAGAUAACAAGGAAUUGUAAUUUUUGUGUAAUUUAUGAACACUUUAAUAACAGAAGAUUAAGUAUUACAUUAUAGAAAGUGUUAACAUAAUAAAAUUAUAAGAAUACAGUGAACUAUGAGUUUUGUGGCAUCACCAUUAUGGAACUAUAUACCACUGGUGUUACUGUACUUCGUGUUAAAGAAGGUUUUUGAGGUGUUUUUAAAGAGACGGAGAUUGCAGGCAGCAUUUAAAGAUUUUCCUGGUCCAAAACCGGAAUUCUUUGGUGGGAAUACACAUCAGAUAACUGGAGAUUAUGCGGGGUUGCUACGCAUGGCUGAUUAUGCUCACGAGUAUCCAGGGGCGUUUCCAGCUUGGACCGGACCGGCUGAGGCUCAGUUAAUAUCUGUCCAUCCAGGCACAGCAAAAGUUGUAUUAUCUGGUACAGAUCCAAAAGAUGAAUUUUCAUAUGCAUUGAUGCGUCCAUGGAUAGGAGAUGGGCUGUUGUUGAGUAAAGGUAAAAAAUGGGAUAGAAACAGAAGAUUGAUGACACCUGCUUUUCAUGCUGACAUCCUAAAAAAUUAUGUCAUUGUAUUCAGCAGGAGUACAAAAGUUCUAAUUGAUAAAUGGCGAAAAUCAGCUGGUUCAGAAGAGGUGUUUCAUCACAUAAGUCUUCUUACAUUAGACAGUAUGAUGCAAUGUCUUUUUGGUUACCAUAGCAACUGCCAAAAUGAAAAAACAAGGCAUCCAUAUAUUCAGGGUGUUUACGAUGUAUCGGAACUUAUUGUCAAAAGAAUCAUCAAGCCUCUACACCACUAUGACUUCAUCUAUUAUAACUUUACAGAAAAUGGAAAGAAAUUUAAACAAGCAUGCCAUGCUAUUCAUGAGCAUUCAGAGAAAAUAAUAAAAAAGAGAAAACAGUUGUUGAAGUCGGAGGCAAAGGGAGCAAGAAAUGUUGAUUUCUUAGAUAUCCUACUUACUGCAAAGGACAAUGAUGGUGACGGCAUGACCGAUCAGGAGAUUCGUGAUGAGGUUGACACGUUUAUGUUUGAAGGUCACGACUCAACAGCCAGCACAAUAUCCUGGUGUCUGUAUAACCUGGCUAAACAUCAAGCCUGCCAGGACAGGUGUAGAGAAGAAAUUCUCAAAGUUGUCGGCAAAACUAAAAUACUGUCAUGGGAUGAUCUUACGAAGUUAGAGUACAUGUAUGCAUGUAUACAGGAAAGCAUGAGAUUGUUUCCUGCUGUACCAAACAUAUCACGUUGUCUGGAGAGAGAUCUCGACCUGCCUGAUGGCCGUGUCAUACCUAAAGAUAUGAGAAUUACUGUCUCACUGUUUGCAGUGCAAAGAGAUCCUGAAGUCUGGGAUAAUCCUAAUGAGUUUGACCCAGAUAGAUUUACAAAUGGUAGUAAAAUAUCCUCAGUGUAUCAUCUCCCAUUUUCUAUAGGACCAAGAAAUUGUAUAGGGCAACACUUUGCACUGACACAGGUCAAGGUCGUUAUCUGCGAACUGUUACGUCAUUUCAAACUUGACCUUGACCCUGAAAGAAAAGCUGAACCAGAAUGCAUUCUGAUAUUGAGAAGUAAAAACGGACUUUAUCUCAAAAUAAAACCAGUUUAAAAAAAUGUGUGUUAAACUUACAGUAGAAUGAAACUAAUCCAGAAAAAAGUGUGCCUACCACAGAAAAGAAAUAAAGAAGUGCAUAAUUGAUAAGCACAUAAUAAAUUUGAGAAAAUAUUUUCUUUUAAAGAAUUGACUACUUGUGUUCAUAAUUAAACUAUAAGAUUUUUUUCUGCAUUAAAACAUGACAAAGAAAUAGUUGUUUCUCUCAAAAUCAUACCGUCCUAAGCAAUAGGAUUUUUUCUUUAAAUAUAACCAGUCUAAAGAAAAUCUUUAUUUGAAAUGGUGUAUGAUGGGAAAGUUUAUCUGGCAUAUAAAUUUCCCGCUAAUUUAUUCGUCUGCACAAAUUUGAACUGUCAGUGAUACGUAACUUUUACUAGAGUGACCUCCCUUUACUUAUACCAUGUAAUGCAGGCAUAAGCUGGCGAUUAUUAUGCAAAUCACUCAUAUCAUAGUCGGUUUUCUAUGUCUAUCACACCUUAAAUUGUUAUAGGUAAAACAAAAACAUUGACUGGUUUGUAAAAUUUGAUGUAAAAGAGUAAAACAAGUUAGAAUUGAGGAAAUUGGAAGAAAAAAACAUUGUGUCAUAUGU